UGUCAGCGGCUCAAAGCUUUCCGAGUUUACACAUUUCGAAACGGUAAAGGAUGUGUUUUGAGGGGCUAGCGUCGACUCACAUCUCUUAAUCAUAAAAAGACUGGUCUUAGAUGCAAAGGACUUUAACAAGUUAUGAACCAUUCAGACGAUCCUAAUUUACAUUCUGCGUUGGGUAAGUGCGAUGAAAUCAAAUUUCUUGACGACGCACAAGUGCAACAGUCGAUGAUUGCAAGGUGCUUAUUUUGACUACGGUUUGCUUCAUUCGUCUUCAUCGCUUCUGAAAAGCCGUGUGGUCCUUUUCAAUUUCAGAACUAGACAAAGACGUUUUAAACUUUCCUUACUUGGAAGAAUAUCUUUCUUCUGAUGUUGUGGGCGUCCACGAUGGGUAUGUACUUUUUUUACUUAAUUCGUAAGACUUAAAAUUAUGCACGCACUAGCAUUUCAUAAUAAUCACGCAUUCAGUGCAUGUAAAGGAAAUUGAAUACCGCGAACGUUCAUUGACGAGUCCGAUCAUGUCUUUCUUAAUCCAUUGAACUUAUCAUCGUAAACACAGAACAGCAUAAUUACAAAUUAAAAAUGUUAUGAAGCAGUAAUUGGUGCCAAUUGAAUUCCUCUGAACUCUACCAAAUACCGCAACAAACUUAGUUUCAUUUUAACGCUUCUAAAAAAUGCUCGUUCCUUUUAAGCUUAUAUUUUAUUUGUAAAAUGGCUUAACUUGUAUCAAGUAUACUGCUUGCUGGUAGAAUUUCCGGUAUUUGGAAAAGUGAGGGGGCUUUAUUUUGCGUCAGCGGGCAAUAUUGCUUCUUUUAUUUUCUUCUCAAAGCGGAGUCAACUUCGUAAAUAUUCAGUACAAGUUGUUGUUUUAGCUGAAGCUAUUUUUAAAGUUUGCCAUAUAUAGUUCUGUCCUCAGGGCACAGGAAAAAUGGUCUUGAGGUUUUGAGUGCUCUAUCCAAAACCUUGAGAACUGUUAACAAAUGCUGCAUCAAUACAGUAUUUCCCAAGAAAAAUAUUGUUACUUAAGACUUUUUGCUUACUUCAGAACAGAACAGAAAACUUUACGUGUCUUCUAGCGGGUCAUCAGUGAAUCUCUAAUAAUGGGAUAUUGGGCAUAUAAUGGAUGUAUCAAGCUAUUUUAUCUUGUUUUUAUAAUUGUAAUGCACAAGCAACGGUUAUAAACUUUAUUUGUUUUCCUGUGGCGAUUAGAGAAUUUGCCUUGAGUGUAUUUUCGCGGUUCACAGAGAAGGUCAAAUCUGUUGGACUAUUAUUGAAAUAAUGAGUUUCGGCAAAUGCAACAAGUCUCAGACGAGACGUCAAAACAAUUGAAGAAAAAAAUAGUGGUUUAUUAGCCGUGGUAAUUGAAGUACGGCGAUUUAUUAUAUAUGAAUUAUUCGGACUCUACGGUAAACACUUUUAAUGAGAGAAAGAUGAUCCCUGCAAGUUCUAAGCUGCCUUUUAAAUUUAUAUUGAUUUUACUCUUAAGUGACCUGAGUUCAUGUUUCUUUAUAGAUUCUCCAUUUUUCUGUCGGAAGUGUUAGUUAUUUUCUUGGUGGCGAAGUGUUGAACCUUGAUCGUUCGUUGUUGGAGAUCAACUAAAAAUCAGUUAAUUAUUAGCUCAUUUUUGCCAUUUUGCUCUCAGAAUGUUUAUCAACGUGUAUUCUUUUACGCGUGUAUGCGUGCGUUUUAAAUUUUUAUACAAUUGUCUUUCAUGGAUUAGUAAUUCGUUGAAUGAUUUUCUUGCUUUAAAGAGGGAUUACAUUUUUUAUCUUAAAGAUCUGUGAAUCAAGUUUUGCCUUCUUUUUUAUUAUGUUUUUAAAACCUGUGAGAAAUGUUUCAGUCGACUGACAACGGACUCAUGCGACAAAUCAACCGGAAAUGCUUUUGAAUUGUUCUCCGAGACUUGCGAAAUUCUCUUGUAACGAGAAACGCCGCCUCUGAUCCCAUGUUUGUGUCAAUAUUUACAUUUUCUUCGUGUAAAGGUUUAAGUUUUCAGCCAAAUCACAAGUCUAAGUUUAGUCUUUUCAAGUGUGAUUACUUGCUUUGCUUCUUGAAUAACAACCGAGCAUCACGCUAACCUUUGGAAAUUUUAUUUGAACAAUUUUAUAGGUUUAUUUCAAUUUUUUCAUCAGGAAAUCUGUUGCCGUUGUUAAUAAAGAUCUGGCAAUUACUACUGUAUAACACAGAGCAGAAGAUUGGAAGGUCUGACCUUUUAUGACCUUUCAUGCGAACUUUUACAGGCUUGGGAAAUUCAAGUCAGAUAAAUUUUAAAAUCAUUCAUCCAGAAACAAAUGCGGUGGUUAUCUUAUCGAACACUUGAAAACUCAGUUGAAUUUAAACAGCAGUGUUUUAAUUAUUGACAACGUCUCUUUGUUCUAAUAGAGUUUCAUAGGGAGUUUUAGAUCAAAUUAAAAUAAUGCCCGAAGAGUUAUUGUUGAAUUUGUUAUUUUCUUUUUAAAUAUGAACUGUAUAUUUUGAAGUAGGUUGCCAUUUUCUUUUGUUAUUAGUUCAGCUGCUUAAUUAUGCUGUAAGUAAUAAUGAAAUUUGGUAAGUAAAUACCAAUGGAAUGAAACUGUUCAUUUGACACAUAAGCACUGGCAGUCAUGCAAAGAAUGUUUUAACUAAGCAGCAGACGUCAUAAUGUUGUGAAGACAACAUUAAAUUUGAUGCUAAACUGAUAAAAAUUAGAAAAUAAGGAGUGACAGGAAUUUGAAUCCUGUCCUUGCACUGACAAGAUGCAUUGCGUAAAUUUUAGCCUGCAUAACAGGUGCUUUAUGAGCCAAGGGAGGCGAACACGGCAUUUUGCGCAAAGCGCAAGACAAGGGGAGGAGAAAAAUAAAGUGCCUGUUACCAGUCCAUUGUUCUGGCUCCUCCGUCAUUCACUACAUGAACGUUGCAUUCCAAUAUUUGGUUAAUUGUUGAUGCGUUGUUCUGGCAAGAUUCUGGCUUGUUUGUCUGGAACAAAAUGGCCGUCACGCGGUCAUGUUCUUUUGACGAUGCUGUUGGAGAAGCUCUUCGAUUAUUUCCAAAUGUUCCAGAAAUAAAGGAAAAACAAAAGAAAUGUUUAAAUUUAUUACUUAAGAGGAAAGGUGUCUUUGGAAAAAGACUGAUUUAUUAACUUUUUGAAAUCAAGUGUUGACAGGCCAAAUUAAACAUGACUCAUAAGCUCACGAUAAUGUGAAACAUGGCCUUGGAAUUUGUUUGAAUGACAGGUUUUCCCUCUUUUCUUUCUUGCCACUGUGUUUGGACAUAAACUUAACUUUGACUGAGACUGAAACUUUUACCUUACUGAGUGUUGAAGGUGAUUCAUGGCCUGGUAGUUGUUAUUUCCCGUGGGUUAUGCUGCUGUCCGUGUUUCUGGUAGGCGGAAAGGUGACAGUCUGAAAUGUCAUACAUCUCCGCCCCUUAACCCGUGGUUGGAGGUGUGUGACAUUUUAGACUAGAAAGGUGACAAUUUUUGAGUUGUGGAUUGUGUUUUGAUUGGUCCUUUUGACGUCACCGCCGGGUGUAGGUGGGUGGAAGAGCCAGAACAAUGGACUGGUAACAGGCACUUUAUUUUCCUCCUCCCCUCGUCUCGCGCUUCACACUUGUUUCACGCUUCGCGCAAAAUGCCGCAUUCUCCUCACUUGGCUCAUAAAGCACCUGUUAUACAGGCUACCUAAAUUUCUUAGGUUCUUUUUGGAUCACUUGGGUUGACCAUAAAACCGUGAGAACACAUCUGUAAACAUUUGUUUUCUCCCAAGUUCAUAUAUGAUUUGUUUCAAAUAGUACUCACUAUCAGAACACUGAAAAUACUUCAUUUACCUGAUUUACUUUGUGUUCUUUUUUAUAUACUAGGUGUAAUGAUGGAACUGGGCAACUAAAUUUUGGAUUUACAGAUGAUGUAGCUGGUCAGGACAAUUUACUCUCUUUCAGUUUAGGAGCAAGAUAUGGUGGUAUAAUACAACAUAUUCAAUUUUAUCAGUGUCACUGUUAUUAAAUAGUGUGAACCUCUAUUUUGCUGGGCGGGGGCUUAUUUAUUUCAAGCCCUUUUGUGGGAGGGCUAAAUAGAGAUAGGGGGCUUAUUUGAGGGGUGGGGGGGCUUAUUUAAUUUAGAAAAGGCGAUGGUAUCAGUUCUCCAUGAAGAACUAGAAUACAAAGUGGAGAAGCUCAAGAACAAGAAGUUUUCGGUCAUGCAGUUGAGGAUCAGAAUCAAAUCCAAACUUCCAGUUGGUAAAUUAACCAUCCCAGAUCAAUCCACACAAACUUUUACAGUCGUGAUUGAUUAUUACAAUCUAUCAUUAAUUUAUUAGUGAAGAAUAAUUAGGGGUGGGGAGGAGGGGGCUUAUUAACUUUCUUGCCCUGAAAAGGUCUGAAAGGGGGGGGGGCUUAUUAGAGGGAGGGGGCUCAUUUGAGAGGGGGGGCUAAAUAGAGGAUUUACAGUACUAAAUUUUAAAGUGAAAUUUUUGUGAGAUAGACACCUUUGUGACCAGCACAUUGUGUUGGACAGAGAGAUGACCAUGUUAUAGAGGGUCACCCAGGGGUUUCAAUAAUAAUAAAGUAGCCAGCAGGUUUGACUAGAUUAAGCGACUGCAGGAGUCCAUCAAAUGGAGCCCCAUUUCCAUUAAUUUCUUGAGUCAACCCUUUCCCGAGGAGAUUUAUAGAUAGAACGGCUUGUUUCCUGUGAAAAGUGUCAUAUUUCCGUGAGUUUGUAUGUCACCGUGAAAAAAAUAAAGUUGGAUGGAAAGUUGAACUCAGAAGCCUGUCCUUCGACCGUUUUCCUUUUAUACUAUACUUCCAUUUUCACGAUUUUACAGCCGCUGGGACCUGGGUAUCAUGAAAUAAAAGUUAAUGAAUUACCGGACUGAGACUGACCACGAAGCGAUGGGACAAGUGCAGCGAACUGAGGAUCACUGAAAGGUUAUCUUUUCAUGUGUGUUUUUUUUGCCGUCAUACAUUCCACAUGUAAGCAUGCACUUCGAAAAGAGUCGAUGAUUAAGGGUUCUGUGGACAAUUUGCAACUUUUCGAUGAUCUGUGCCGAUCUGUUUAAAAUUCUCCACAGUAUAAUCUACCUGCUAGAAAGAAAAGACAGAAAAUCUCUGAGGGAUGAAAACGCUAAAGUCAUGUUUCACUAGCUUUUGAUUGUGUUUGGCCUGUCAACACCGUAUUUCCUGCCGUUUGUUGAAGCACAAUAGCACUGUCAUUAUGUUGUUGUGACUGGCUCUUCCCACUGUCGGCACGCAUUAAGUCUCCUCUGGGAACCGUUCUAAUAAUGAAUCUACCCAGGAAAGGGUUGACUGCAAGGGCUUGUAAGAAUGGAGGCUCCAUUUGAUGGACUCCUGCCAACUGUAUCGACAAGGAGUUCCCACAUUACUCCCCCUUUUCUAUGCGGUCUGGGAGCAGCUCACCCAGAAAAUUCUGAAAGUGAAAUGCCUUCAAAUGCAAUUUCCAGCAUUCUGGAGAUUAAAUUGAGUACAUGCAAGAAAAUGUAGAGUUCAUUCAAGUUUCGAUUUAUCAGCCACUCAAUCAAUGAUAUAUUAUUUGUUUACAAUGUUAUUAAAUGUAGUUGCUUCUUUUUUCGGGAACAAAAGAGUAGCAGAUUUGUUUCGUUGUUCGUCAGUGCUUAUUGAAACCUCUGGUCACCUAAAAGGAGUAAAGAAAAGCUGGGCAGUCUAUUUUAGUAAGAUGUGCGUCAUGUCAGGGUGUCUGUUAAGAGAUAUUAAACUAGCUGGAUUACAUUGUUGGCUCUGGAAGCAGGAGAGAUGAUGUGAACCCUGUGUUCUGAUUGGCUACCUGAGCUGGCAAAAUGAGCCAAUCUUGCCUGCUUGAGAUUACCUGCCAUUUCCUGAAAGAAAAGAUUUUGUUUUGACCAUAAAAUGAAUCCUUUAUUGCCCAAGGCUGGUGAAUCAAGAUCGCUCAGUAUUGGCCAUGUUCUUUUUUUGCAUUUUAUGAAAAAGGACUUGAUCUUGUUGGUCAUUAUCCAGCCACCUGACCCAAUAUGCUUAAUCAGUGAUGCAUAUGUGACAUGUCUAGUAAAUGCAAUAUAAGCACCCAUAUCCAGUUUUUCUAAAGUUACCAUGAGAGAAUUCUUGAAAAAGAAUGCGUCCCUAUAUAAGAACCUAAAUUUGAAAUGGAAUGAAGCCUCCUGUUAUAAACCCUUCUGAACAUGAGCUCCCAUUGGUCUUAUAUUAAGAAGGAGCUUCCCUGAGGUACUAAGUAUUAAAUACAGUCCGGAAAGCUUUUGAGACAAGCCCACUUUUUCAACUGGGAACUUAGUCUGUCUACACUGUAUAAGCUGGCAUUGCAUACCGUGUGGCACGAAAUUUUUGAGAGAGUUUAUUUUUGUGCAUAGGUGACUUUUUGUGUUUUGCGGGAGCUAAUUUUUGCGAUUAGGACAGAUUGGUUUUUCUUAAUAUGGCAAUAAAUUUUUGUGAUUUUCAGAAAGUCCCUGACAAAUCAGUGAAAAUAUUUUCAGUUUGUUUUUAAAAAAUACUAUAGUGCACGUACCCUUUGUAUGUCCAUUGCAUACUGUUUUGUUUCUGAAUGAAAGAGACUGGUCAUCAAACAGACACAAUAUUUCUUAGUACUGUAUUUUUGUGUAGCGAAUUUAAGUCAGAGAAUAUUUAAUUUGGAGUAAAUUUUUGCUGGAUUAAAGUUUGCAGUAAUUAUUUUUUGCAGGAACUUAUUGUUGCAGAUCACCCGAAAAAUUGUAAAAGUUGCAAAAAUUUUGUGCCACAUGGCAUACUCACUUGCCAGUCAGUGGUUUGAAUGAAACUAAAGUUGAGUACUGAUGUGUUCUUUUGAACAGGAAACCUUGGUUUUCCUUCAGGUGGCCAGGUGGCUUCUGUGGGACAGUAAGUAUAUACAGUACUACAUGUAGUGUUAGUUACAAUUAUAAACCAUCCUUUCAAGUAAUUUAGAAGGAGUCCCAAGUGACGCUUGAUAAAAUUCUAGAUUCUCCUCUUGAAUUUGUGAUGCUCAUUUACCAAAGGGGACAGAGAAUUUGAUAAAAGAUCAAAAGCCUCUCAGGGCCUUAUAUUCCACUCAGCCCAUCAAAUGAGCCUGCAAAUACAACAGGGCAAAAAAUUCCAUACUGAUGUUGGGGUACCAGUGAGAUGUACAUGUAAAUUUGUUCAUGUUUCUGUUUCUCCUUGUUAAUUGUCAUAAGAUUUAAUUUGGAGAUCGAUCAGCAUAGCCUGUGUGGGAGGCAUUCGCAAGGGAAGGCAAAGGGGAUUUCAGACGUGAAAAAAGUGCGAGGGGUGUGCAAGGAAGGAGGGAAGGGAAUGCCUGUAAGGACACUAUUGUUUUUUUACGUAAUAAACGUAAACCAAUCACAGCACACUUCGAGAUCUGGGUGAAGACCUUAAACUUUUAGAACAAACUACAGUGGAACCUCCAUUCAAGGGACACCCUUGGGAUCAAGGCAAGUGUCCCUCAAAUGGAGUUUGGGCUGGAGUUUGUUAAUAACAUUAUUAACCAACAAAUAAACUAUUUUUCUUUCAUUCUUUCAAGCUCUGAAUAAUGUAUAAAAAAUUAUGAUUAAAUUAUCUCUUCAAUGUUGUGUGUUGAAUGGGGCAGGAACACACGACGAACCCCUAAGAACAUCUGCAUGGGUAAGGCCAGGGAGUAAGACACCAGGAAAUGGUUUAGAAAUAAAAUAAAAAGAGCCUACAUCCCAAAUGUCAUGUGUAUGUCCUAUAUUAUUUAGCUAGUAGAAGGAUGAAAGUAGGUCUUUUGCAAUGUUAAGUCUUUUGAUCAACGUUCUGUAAGAAAUAUCUUUGUGGAAAAAUGAUUUAACUACAGGUAACCUGUAAAUUUUUUAACAGUUUAUCUCAAACGUAGCAAUUGCAAAGGCCACUGAAAAUUUAUUGAAGGAUAUGUAUGGGAAAAAUCAACUCUUGCAAAGACCAACUGUCAGUAAAAAAUAUCUUUGUGGAAAAAUGAUUUAACUACAGGUAACCUGUAAAUUUUUUGACAGUUUAUCUCAAAAGUAGCAAUUGCAAGGGCCACUGAAAAUUUAUAGAAGGAUAUGUUUGGGAAAAAUCAACUCUUGCAAUGAUUGUGUGGUUUUCCAUUCCAAUCCUCAUAAAUUUUGAAACUUUUGAACUGUCUGAAAAUCUUUCAUGUACUAUUUCUAUUUGAGCCUUGGAAAUUUCAAAAUUUAGAAGGAUUUGUAUGUCGGUGUUUACGGACUGAAUUUCUUUGGUCUAUUGCUUUGGCAACAACACAAGAUUUUAUGGACCAAUGUAAACUUGAGGACCAUUAUUAUGUUGUUCAUUUGUAAGGCAGCAUUCCAUGGCAUUCAUCUGUAUUCUUUGUUUUUGUUAGCCCAAUAGACAUUCCCAACUUUGGAGGACAUCGGCGUAGCAAAAAUUCGCCUCUUACUCCACCAGAUUCGGAUGGGCCGGACUCUCCAGAUGGAGAUCAAGGUUUGAGAGAACUACAAAGCAUCAAUCAGAACAGUAUAAAUUGUAUUUACUAUUUUAAAAACUGCUUAGUGGAGGUGGGUGCCCGGGAUGUCCAGGGGCUUCCACUUUUGGCAAAGCCAGCCCCUAGACAGAGUUACUCCUUCAUGGCUGGUAAACCCGCGCCUUCCAUGCAACCUUAAGCCCCCAGGCCAUGCCAAAGGGACCUCCGAGCUGACCACCAAGCUUGGAGAGAAGGGGCUUAUGGCUGGAAGAAGCCUGAGCCCUAUACUCCAAUCUCGGGGGCAUUCAUUAUUUUUUGAAAGGAAUAAGCGAUAAGCUGGAACUAUCAAGCUUUCAGAAAAUGGACAGUAUAAAUUGGGGGUAUUUAGUAAAAGCAAAAGUGCUAGUGCUGAUCAACGCGAGGAGGGUGCUUGAGGGUGGAUGAUACCUUAACAGGUGAUAUCAAUUGAAGCUAUUAUACACGUGAAGUAUAACUUUUUUAAGUUGAGUGCUGGCAGGCCUAGAGAUCUUAUCAAUUGCGAAGGCAUUUGAUACAAAUUAAAGUACACAAAGUGAAAUUUGCAACUGUGGUAAUGUUUAAAUUAGUUCUUUAUUACCAACUGCAUUGCUGAAUGGAGAUUGGAACUCUGCAUCAGCUGGGAUCUCCAGGAAUCUUGCUUUUGAGGCAAGCCCUUAGACAGAGUACUACUCCCAUCACUAACAAUAACCACAAUCCAGCAGUGAUACUCUUUACUAUACUUUAGGACCUCAAAGACAAUGGAUUGUGUGUUGCUGUGGGGGUAGGGGAGGGUUUUCUGCUAGAGCCCCAGCCCAUUAAAUUUAUGUGUAGUAGAGCGAAAUUUGCUUACAUUGGUCAUGUAAAAGAAUUUUUAACAUGGUUUCACGAGGCCAAGAUUAGUUGCCCCACUUAUGGUUGUAGCUAAGUCUUCCUACACAAAUACAACGUACAUAUCUGGGUUGUCCAAGAAGCUUUUUGUUAGUGGGUGCAGUCAGCAAUGUCGUCAACAACAAAUUUUCUCUUAGUAUAUGGGAACUCUAUCUCAUAUCUUGAUCUUGGGGAAGUUUGUGCUGUGAUCUUUAUUACUGCUUUAUGUAUUUUUUUUAGUAUUUUUAUCUGGGAGUGUACCUGGCAUGCAUGCCAUUGUGUUGCCAUCUCUGUUACUCCCUGAUGGGGGACAACAGCAUUCAAGUAUUUUGCAGCAUGGAAGCUCCCAGGAAUUUCUGUCACUGUCAGUUGGGUAUGGAGAAACUUUCAAAGUCUCUUAGUUUGGUGUAAAUGGAAAAGAUAUUAAUUAGUUGCAAGUUAUUUCUUGUCUGCUCCUUCCAUGAUAAUACUACUUUAAUCCCACCUGUGCAUCAUGGUUCAUUUUAGUUUACAAUAUUUAUGUACAGUUUAAGGUGAACUAGUUUUAUGGAGUUUUUGAAGUUACACAUUCAUGCAGUCAUAAUAUUAUAAUAUAAAAACGUGCCAAUUUUCUGUCUUUUAUAUAUCUUGAACGUGAAAACAACAAUUGGAUAGUUGGAAUGUUGUAAGUUUUUUAGGUCAAACCAUUUUUCAUACUAAAGCAGCUGUUCUCUGAAGUGAUGGGGAUCUCUUUCUAGGGUUGCCCCUCAGUUACGGUAUUAUGUGUUUUGUUUCUAAAUCUCCCACGAGGGCACAGUCUGCAAAGGAAUUAAUAACUCUCUUGUUAUCUAUUCGCAUAUUAAGCAUAAUUAUUGUACGCUUGGUUUGUUUUCUACUUCUUAACAGUAGUGUCUCCUCUGAACCUAAACGAAAAAGGAAGAGAUCAUCAGAGUGCAGUGAAACUUUAACAACAAAUGGAAUCUCUUCUCUCAGGCUUGGAUCUUUGAAAUCAGAACCAGGUACGUGAAAGCAGUUAGCAGUUAAUUUCCUUGUUUAGAAGUGUAGCUGAUAUUUUUGUUUUCAGAUGAAUGAUACAAAUAUAAUGUUCUUUUGAGUGACUACCUUGGGAAUCCAUAACUGUGGUUGCAAUGGGAAAAGGUCAUUUACAAGAAGGGCUCUCGUAAGCAUCCAUGUGGUGCAAGUAGUGAAGAAGGUGUUAACUGAGCAGUCUUUUACGAGAACUUCAAAACAAAGCUAGGGAGAGACGGGCCAGUGACUGGCCAUGGCUGCUUAUGAGAGUUUUUACAUUACAUGGGUGAAUUCUCAAACAGGGUCUUACAGAGCUGAACACUUACCCGAGUGGUCGCAAGGAAGGCAUUGGUGUAUCAUGACUUUCAUAUUAUAACACCCUUUUUCAUUUCAUUUUUUCCAUGGACAAGACAGCUCCACCUCAAUUUUCUCUAGGGGAGGUGUAACCCUACAGUGGAUUGCUACAACCAGUUGCAAAAGUACUUGAGAUGCUGUACCUUAUUUUGGCAUAAAUGGCCUGUCCAUGAUCUUGUGCUUGUGCUCCCCCCUCCACCCCUUAUCAAAGUUGCUAGCAAUUCAAGACGUACCAUGCUCAAAAUUUGGAGGAACAACUUUGAAUGGGAGGGAGGAGGGAGGUCAGCAUUAUAUCUCACAGACCUGUGACCAGCAGCGGUUUCAAGCAAGAAAGGUCAUUUUUUGGUGGGAGUGUCUCAACAUUUUUGCAACUGGUUGUAGCGGUACUCACCCAUGUGUUUAGUAACACAUCUAUACGAGAUCUACCCCUGUGGACCACACUGUUCCAUUUACCUUUGUGCUUAUGCUUUAUCUAUAGGUGAUUUCUGUAUUGAUGGUAGUGGUUCUGAGAAUCUGGAUUCCCCGGAUCCACUCACCACACCAGCUACACCUGACCCAGAGAACUCCUACCAGUGCCUAAAGUGGUUACCAUUUAAACCUGAUGAGUGCUGUAUCAUGUAUGAUGAUGCCUCUCAGAGAAUGUAAGUCUUCCUGUUGCUUUUGUUGUCUUAGCGUUAUCUCAGAUUUUCUAUCCUGGAUACAAGAAGAUUUUUUCUUAUGUGCUGGCAGAUACAUUGGUGUCUUGGAGUGGAUGCUGAAGGCCAAGCAGAGAAGCUUUUCGCCAGGCCACUGUAGACUUGCAUGACUGAAACCAGAAAUUGUGCAUGAAAAGUCUCUGGUACCCAGGGUACAGUUUCUCCUGCAACACUACAAAGUAAUCACUCAUGCCUUCAAAGAUGUUCCUUUGUAAUUCACAGUUUACUCACCAUUAGUUUUGCUCUGGUAACUUAAUGUUGAAAAUGAAAUUGCAGUUGUGAGUCACGUGCCACUAGGAAUUGACAUUUUUGGAAAGAAGGGAGGCAAGUACAGCAUAUGUAUGGUAUUUGUGUGAUAUUUGUCCAUGAUGAUGUUUGUACUUGUCCUCUUUAGACCUCCUCCUCUCUUUAGAGUGGAUGCUGAUAAAGGUUUUAACUACUCAUUUGCUGAUGAGGCCUUUGUCUGUCAAAAGAAGAAUCACCUUCAGGUAUUUGACGAUACAAAUUAAGUUAUUUAUGGAAAAUAUCUGUUUUGAUUUGUGUCAUUAUUUAUGACUGAGCACUACCAGUUCGUGCUAUUUAAAUGUACAGAUUAGAUGGCCUGUUUGAUUGACCAAAUUCUAGAACAUUAUGAAAGGUAAUAAAACAUAAGUUCAAGGGUUUGGAGAUUUGGGGCUUGCAACAUUUUUUAUUAGACAAAAGCGUUGCAGUAAGGAACAUCACAAACCCAUCCUUUGUGUCCUUACAGUCAUCCCAGAGUUGUAACAAUAGUGAAAAAAACUCUUUGGCAUUCCUGGAAGUUGGUGAUCUAAAGCCUUAACCCAUAGACCAUCAAGUGAAGCCUACCAUGUCCUGUUUCCAACCUAAGUCUUCUAACCAAACCUAACGUGUGGCUUCAUUAUAUGUAACUGAGCUUCGUGUGUUCUGUUUGCCAUGAAAAAGGCUUUCCUGUAUAAAGGAAGGUCAAAAUGCUCUUAUUUGUCCGAUGGGUGUUUAACUUUAUAAUGUUAUGUAUUUUAACAUGGUAUAAUUAUUGUCUUACAGGUAACAGCAUACAUGAGCCUUCAAUCAGAACAAACUCCCAAAUAUGUCAGAGGGGAGGUUAGUAGGCAUCAGCUGAAAUUUCAUGUCAGUAAUUUAUCCCUUCUUUAAUUUCCACAUUGGGCAUUUUUCAUUCACCAGAAACUUUAAGAAACUUCACUGGAAAGGCCCUUUGGUGAAGAACUUGUUCUAUUUGACACAAAUAGAGCAUGUUUGUUCCCCUCUCUCUAAGAUGGUGGCAAAAAUAUUGCCAUGAAAUUAGCCUGGAACUGAUGAAUCCUUAUGAAAACUUGUUAAUGAAACUGUUAGGAAUUGCCUCCAAAGCUGAACGAUCUUCUAACACACUCACAGAAAUCCCGAUUCACUCGUUUUUAUUUCUUUCUUCCCGUCUCCUCUUGAUUCUCACAGUACAUUACAUUCUCUCCUUUCUAUUGUUCUUUUUUCUUUCAGUUCCAAAGUUCAAUGCUAUCAGGUUCCAACGUCACUUAACACUUCUUUUAAAUCACGUUACUUAAUCAAAUGAAACUUAAACUCAUGUUUACAAAGAUAAUGGUAAUAAAACACCGCACAAUUUCCGACACCCUCCCCUCAUAUGCCUACAUUUAGGAGGCAUAUGUUGCGUUUAUCUCCAGAAACUGAAUCAAAACUAAAAGUUCUUGUAAGUGAAAUCGAUAAAAAGAAACAAAGGAUCAAUGUUCAAAACUCUACACGGAGUCGUCUUAAAUUCAAAUGUUCAAUGUUCAAUGUUCAAUUGGCUUGCUCUUCGUCAGCAAUAUCUUGCAUUCGUACUCUCGCUGCAAUUGCUGCGUCCCGGGUGGGUCUGAACUCUCGAGCCUCCGGGUUUAGCUGUUCCUGGGGUGUCAAAGGCGUCCGGUCGCACGACAGUUCCAAGGGGUAGAGAUGAUUUACUGCUCUCUCUAGGUGACCACCUCCCGCCCGCAGCUUAACUCCUCGAACCACUCCAUCCCGGCCAGUGUACAGCUUCUCUACUAUCCCCAGUGGCCAUUUCCCUCUGUUUCGAUCUUCCGAAUGAACUAUGACAACAUCGCCAACAGUCAAAGUGCUUCCCUUCCCGUCAUGUUUCAAGUUAUGUCGCUCGCGAAGGCCUCUGAGGUACUCCUUGGUCCACCUGGUCCACAUGGCGUCUUUACACCUUUUCAAGUACUUAGCCCGUUUACGUAGAUCACGAAGCUCACGAUGUGGUUCCUUCUCUGGUAGGAUAGUGGUACCGAUGAACUGCAUACUGUUAGGUGUGAUCAAAGGUAAUUGAACAUCAUCCUCCACGUAACCUAGUGGGCGGUUGUUUAAGGUCACUUCCACAUCCAGGAGUACAUCUUCAAGUUCCCCCCAUCUGAGGCGACCAUUUCCAAUCGUUUUGUUAAGGGAACGCUUCACCAGGCCAACUAACCGCUCAAACUGACCGCCCCACCAUGGGGCGCGGCUCAAAUUGAAUUGCCACUGGAUGUUCUCAGUCGACAGGUAAUGGUGAAACUGCUCAUCUUGCUGGACUUGUUUUAGCCAACUUGCUGCGGCAACAAACGUUUUUGCGUUGUCCGAAUAAAUCUUCUCCGGCCUUCCUUUCCUGGCUAUUAGGCGCUUUAGACUUCUUAGAAACUCGCUAGUCUCCAUGCUCUUGCUGAGUUCCAAAUAGAGUGCUCGCGUAAGGCUGCAAGCGUAAAGGAUUAUGUAUGCCUUUCCUUCCUUCUUCUGGGUCACACGGUACUUGAUGGGUCCCGCGAAGUCAACUCCGACAACUUGAAAGGCGCGAUUUCCUUCGGUUCUGUCUCGUGGUAAAUUUCCAGGUGGUGGUCUAGCAGCGGCCCUAACUUGGAAACGGCGACAACCAUAACACUGCUUAAUCACUUUUUUGGUCAGACGCCUGAGCCUCGGCACCCAAUAACGCUCUCUGAUGCGCGCCAUUGUCAAACCGACUCCCCCAUGCAAAGUACGACGAUGGGCUUCUUCAACGAGUUUCACUGUGUAGGGGUGCAUGUCAGGCAGAUAGACUGGGUAGUGUCCCUGAACUCGACCUCGACAGACGAGAAUCCCCUGCUCAUUCUCUUUUAACCCCAGCCUUUGCCGGUCUUCUGUCACUUCAUCACCUUGAAUCUCUUGAGCGCGCUUGGUCCAGAACAGAUGUUGUUCAUUAAUCUCGUAGGUUGUCAGCGGACCCGCCAUUCUUUCUUGUUUCUUUAGGCGUGAAUUUCGCAUGAAUCUCGCGGCCCAGGCGACAAUUCUUAACGUCUUUAUCAGGCUAAACUUUCCCAGUAGAUCAUCAAGGCAGUCAGUUGAUGCAGUGGCUCCAUUAAAAAGUUCUUUGGUAACUUUAGCCUCUGUUUGGCUCUCAGGAGUAGCGCUUGUCACGAUGUCUGUAGGCCACCUGUCUUUGUCUGAAAGCCACUCCGGUCCUUGCCACCACAGCUUGCUGUCAUCGACUUGCCCUCCUCGACUUCCCAGGUCUGCCGGAUUUUCCUUGGUGGGCACAUGGCGCCAAUAGAUCUCUGAAUGCCCUUGUAUUUUCAUCACUCUAUUUGCUACGAACUGUUUGUACUCGCCACCACCCUUUAUCCAAUGGAGAGCCACUGAGCUGUCCAGCCAUCCAUAGCACUGUUUAACGGGAAAGCCCUGGAGCGCUCUUCCUACAUUUGUGAUAAGAUUUGCUGCCAUAUGCGCCGACACCAGCUCUAAUCGCGGAAUGGUGAGCCCCUGCUUCGCUAGUCGAGCUUUUGCAGUAACCAAUCCCUGGCUCACACCCGAUGGCUGUCUCACAACUGCAUGCACUGUUGCACACACUCCGUUCUUCUUUGCAUCCCCGAAGGCGUGAAGCUCGAUUUCUUCAAUCUGCUCUUGCGCACACGUUAAGGCCCUUGCUACUAUGACCUCGGCUGGUAACUCCUUCUUCCAUCGUGUCCACCGAUUUGCUAGCUGUGGGGGUAGCGGCGCAUCCCAGGCCACUUUCACGUUGCAUACAUCUCUGUAGAUGAACUUUCCCUUGAUAGUUAAAGGCGCCGCAAGACCAAGGGGAUCGUAGAUUUUUGCUAGAUUACGCAACAAUGCUCUUUUGGACGCGACUACCUCAUUUUGAGGCAAAACGACACUGAUCUGGUCUUCCUGUUUGUCCCACGGGAGUCCAAGCAAACCACCGGUCUUUGCUUUUGAUUGGCCGAGCUGCUGUUUGGCAAACGUGCCCUCAUCUUCGACUCUUCUUUCACUCCCUUCUAACUCGGCAACAUUCGAGUGCCACUUGUGCAGUGUGAAUUUAGCGUCCGCGAAGAUUUUAAUAGCUCCCUCUUUCAGCUGUUGCGCUUCGGGUACUGUUGGUUUCCCGCUGAUCAGAUCGUCUACAUACAGGCUUUUGCGCAGCUCAGCAACAAGUUGUGGCAUGUGAGUUUCCCAGGUUUCAAGAUGACACUCUAUCACUCCCCCGAGGAGAAAGGGAGAAGGCACAAGACCAAACAGCGCUCGAGUAAAUCUCAACACUUCUACUUCAGAAUGUUCGCUGGUCUUCCAAUGAAACCUGAGUGCAUCUCUCUCUUCCUCCUUGAUGCCCACCUGGAGAAAGGCCUGUUGCAGGUCCCCAGUGAUAAGGACUGGAUGGAAACGCAUGCGUACUAAAACACUCCACAGGUGAUUUUGAAGCGGCGGCCCGGCAUACAGACAAUCAUUUAAGCUUGGAACUUGGGGUUUCGCACUAGAUGAGGCGUCAUAAACGAUCCUCAACUUUGUAGUUUCAGCUCCCAUACGAAUCACCGGCUUGUGGGGAAUGUAGAAUUCUUUUCCCUGCGGCGGAUCACUUGCAACUUCUACUAUUCCCUCGGACUUCUGUUUUCCGAUGAUCUCUGCAUAAGUCUCGGUCACAUCCAAGCGUCGAAGUCUUUUGUGGAGGUUGCUGAGCCUUCGCAAACUGACUUCUUUAUUGUUCGGUAAAGGCGGGUGGUUACCUUUCCAUGGCAGCGAGGCUUCAUACCAGCCUUCGGGAUGCCGUACCAAUUGCUCUCGGAACUCUGCGUAGACUGCGCGCUGAUCAUGUUCAGGGGUAUCUUCAAGCCCUAGAACGUCUAACCGACAUAGUUCUGCAUAGUCCACGUGACUCGUUUGGGUCAGCAGCAUAUUCCCGUGGUCAAUCUCAGUUCCCGGUGACAUAAUAGUCCACCCCAGCUUAGUCUUCUCUGCCACUGGUUCCCCUGGCAGUCCAACGCGCGGCCGUUCGGACGUCUUGAUCGCUGCAUACUCGCUCGCCCCUAAUAUCAGAUGUACUGGAAGAUGUGGCUUAGGGUCGCAGUCCGUCAUCUCAACUCCCUUUAGAUGAUCGUACGAAUUGAUAAUCUUUUGAUAGUGUGGGUUAUCGAUCAUCAGCAAUUCCCGUCUUUCCACCUUGGUAACAUCAACGUUUAAUUCUUCACUGCCAUCCGUUGAGCGUACUUUGAUUGUGGAAAGUUCUACUUCACGUGUGGUCGAUCCCAGCAUCAUUUCUAUUCGACGAACCUCCUUUGCACGAGGGCGCUUGGGAAGUUUCUCUAACAGCGCGGCCGAAGCAUAUGAACUCCCAGCUCCUGUAUCUAGAAGUGCACGACACAGUACUCCCUCCACGCUUACUUUCACAACAGGAUAAACUACACGCCCUUUGUUCCUGGUGGCAGUCAUUAAUUGGUCUCCUUGGUUGCAAAUCGAUGUAUGAUGUUUCUGUCCGCACUUCUGGCAACGCAUUUUACUCUUGCAUUCGGCAGCAUGGUGUUUCGGCCCAGUACAAUUAAAGCACAUUCGUUUCCGCGCGAGCAUUCUCUUCCUCUCGUCCAUCGUGGACACGCGCGUGCAAUCCCGCGAGAUGUGAUUGGCGUCAUCACAGUAAACACAAAGGCGCUGGUUUCUAUUUUCUGCAUGGUACAGGGGAGAUUUUUUCUCAGGGCGCUUGGGGAGCGUAGACUUGUUUGCGACGUUAUUUUCUUCAGUCGCUGGGUUUACAUCUCUCCAUUUCUUCAGGGCCUGGGUCAAACGAGGUAGAUCCCAGUCUUGCCAGUUUUCUUGUCCCCUGACCAGAUCGGCUUUAAUUCCUUUCAAUUUGUCUAGCACGCUUCUUGUCAUCCCGUUCACUCUCUCGAUUUUUCCAAGUGUUUCCAGUGACUGGACGUUAAAUAGCAGGGUUUUAUAGAAAGAAUUCACUCGGUUCGGGUCGGCGUUCGUUACGGUGGGGAGUUCCAGAAUGUUAUUGACGUAGGCGUUGACAAUUUCACUCGUUUUCCCAUACUCUUCCUUUAUUAUGUUUUUCGCUCUUUCAUAUCCUUCUGUAUUUAGCGGCAAGCCAUCGAUAUCCGCCCUGACUUUGGGCUCCACUAGCUCUUUCAAGUAGGCGAAUUUUGUCACAGGCGCUAAUUCCGUUUUGUCGAUUUCGGCCUCGAAUUUAUUCCAGAACGGCGGCCAAUUUGCAAGUGUUCCGUCGAAUUUUGUGAUAGAAAGCUUUGGCAGCUUUGCAGUCACGGUUUUCUUUGCAUUUUGUUCUUGCUGACUGGCUUCUACGGCCUUUUGAAAUCUCACUUGUUGAUCUAACAGCUCACGCUCAUGGCUCAUUCGCUCCUCGUGUUUCAUCUUCGCGAGGGCCAUUUCCUUUUAUCAGAUUCCAUCCUGUCUGCCAGUCGCUUGUCUUCUUCCAUUUUCCCCACUAGUUGUCUUAUUGCCAAGGCCUUUUCAUCCGCUUCCUUUAGAAAUUUGUCGUGCUCUUUCACCCAAGUGCUGACCUCCUCCUCUGAUUCACCAUUUGUAAAUUUCAGCUCGAUAAUGGAUUCUUUCACGGUAUGAGCGGACUGCAAUUUAGACAUUAAUAGUGCCUCGUGUCUCGAUAUAGCUUCUGCGUUUUGGGAAGCGAUCACUUCAUCAUUCUUAGUCAGAGAGAAUCUUAGAGACAGAAUCUUUCCGUUAAAUUCUUUCGUAAGUUCCUCCAUCGCGUUGGCCCUUCUCAGCUUUAGCGUUGUUUUGGCCGAUUCGCCAAAUCUCAGCGAAUCCCUUGAUCACGUCGCUAUGUACUUGAUUUUCCGCAAAUCCCUUGCUCUUGUUUGAGCUAAAAUCCCAAUAGGUCCCGUCGGAGGUGCCAAUUGUGUUAGGAAUUGCCUCCAAAGCUGAACGAUCUUCUAACACACUCACAGAAAUCCCGAUUCACUCGUUUUUAUUUCUUUCUUCCCGUCUCCUCUUGAUUCUCACAGUACAUUACAUUCUCUCCUUUCUAUUGUUCUUUUUUCUUUCAGUUCCAAAGUUCAAUGCUAUCAGGUUCCAACGUCACUUAACACUUCUUUUAAAUCACGUUACUUAAUCAAAUGAAACUUAAACUCAUGUUUACAAAGAUAAUGGUAAUAAAACACCGCACAAUUUCCGACAAAACCCUCAUUUUCAGAAAGUUUCAUCAUGUUUUUUAUUUUUAUUUUUUUUAAUUCCUCGGAAUUUUCCUGUGGGAUGUCCAAAAAACGUAUGUUUUUCAUUUACAUCCCAAAGUGAAAUUGUGGAAUUUAUCGUUAAAAAGAAAGUGCUCAUUAUCACUUAAACUAGUAGAGUUCAUUCAAAGCUAUUAAUAUAAAAUGGAUCCAUUUGUGUUCCAUCUCCAUCAGUGGUUAUAAUCAUAAAACACUUUUUUAAGUUAAACUUUGCUAUUAACAUAUGAAAGGGCUCUACCAAGAGCCUUCAAGAAAUCUGCCAUUUACUGGGUGGGUGUAGUAGUUCCAAUGUACUUUAGAAGUUUGAAUUGUUUACACGUAUAAUAUCUCAUUAUAAAGUUGUCCUUUUUCAGCAAAAUGAGCUGAGACGUAUCGAGAAGUUCUGUUUACAUCUUUAUGGAAUUAAGGUGUGUGAGAUUGCAUUGCUUUUUGAGAACAUUAUGACCUGACCACAUGAUACAUGGUCUUUUUGUGAAAAUCUUUGCAAAGAUUUUUCCCGUCAUCAAUCCUUUAUUUAACCCUUUGUGGGCCUUUUUUAAUCUCUCUAAUAACACACCCUCUCUUUUAAGCUCUCACUGUCCAAUUAACCACUAGUUAAGUUGUUAGGCCUAAUAUACAUACACUGUAAUUUCUAUAAAUAUUUUUUCCACUUAUUUAGAUGGAGUCCCAGGCUAGUAGAAUUGGCGUGGAACAGUCUCAGGCUGACAGAAGCAAACGUCACUAUGAACCUUUACAGUAUGUUAAUAUUCUUUAAUUUUUUUUUACAAGUUUUUUUUACGGUAAAAUUUCUUCUUAGUAAAUUUGCAAGACUGAUAUUUUUGGUUACAGCCAGACCUCAGUUGAGCUGCUAUCCAUUUAGCUACCAGGUUAUAUUACCAGGUUCCAGGAGAAAAAAUGCCAGUAAUCACAAAAUUGCUGUAAAGAGAAUCUCUCCCACACAGCCAACCUUAACUAUUAAAGCAACCACAUGGUUGUUCCCUGGCAGUGACCUCUUAUAGGGGUGCAACUGUACUUGCUAUUGACUUACUUCUACUGAUCUUUAAAUGAUUUUCAGAUUUCACAUAUCACCAAACGAACAAGCAAAGAUCACAGUUGGAAGACUACAUUUUAGGUACUGUUGACAAGUGUAUUUUCUCCGUCUGUUAUAAGGCAGGUGUUAAUGACGAUUUGAACACCCCUCUUUCUUAACCCUUUCACUCCUAGAAGUCACAUGCCAUAGUCAAAUCUACAAAAUUUUCAUAUUUUCUUUGGUAAAAUGCUUAAAAAUCAAACGAAAUAACCUUAAUGAAAGUAUUGACAAAGAAGUUUCAUUUCCAAAAAUGGGCACCUCUCAGAAUUUUGUAACAGACUCAAACGUUAGAACUGCAUUGUCGAACUCCAUUAUUCUUUCUGCUAGAGACAAGGUUAAAUAAUAUUUGCGUUUGAAUUUCAGUUUCUGUUUUUCGUGGCCUUACAUCCUAUCAGUCCCUUUUUUCAGUUAAGCACACCUUGGUAUUUCCCCUUCAAUUACAUGCAGUCAUUCCUGCGUAUUGGCCGACUUCGGAACUGGAGAACUUUCCUGCAUAAUUACCCAGUAUUAUAGGAUUUUGUGAAUUUGCAUGCAAACAUUCAUGCCCGUAGCAUCCACUGGUUUUCAAAGACAGCACACAUUCAUAGCAUGUAUAGCCGUAAUUUUCUCUUGAAAGAUGAAAGGAGUGAGGACUUGGGGAUAUUUAACUUCAAAUGAAGCAGCAAUUAUCAACCAAUUAUUUCAAUUGCACUGGAUGGAUCAAUUGCCCACCCACCCCUCCCCAGGGCAAAAAUUUGGCUUAGAGGAGGGGUAGAGGGGCCUUUCUGGAGGGAAUACAGUAUACUUAUUUAAGGGAAGUAGAAGUUUCAAGAUGUCUAUGCAGACUCUCGGGGUCUCUUACAUAUCCACAAAAUCUUUUAUAGUGAAACUACGGCAAACAACAUGAGAAAGAAAGGAAAACCAAAUCCUGACCAAAGGUAACUGCAGCAAUGUGAACUUUUGGCCGAGAAAGACCAAAUGGUCAUCAGUAACAGAAGGCUUAGUAGAAAUGUUCAGGAUUUUUCCAUCAAGAGUCAAAACAAUGGCCCUCCAGAUGGCAGAUUGUAUAUGACUUACAGAUUGGAUAUGCCACCUAACAGUGACGCCAACGAUAGGAGACUUAAAAGUUGACGAUUGGCUAUAUACAGUGUAGAUACUUCUAGGUUCAUUCACGUUGAUGUUCGUGAUGUUUGACAAAUCAUUUGCUUUAUUUUCCAUUUUAUUCCUUUUCAAGUCUUAGCUACAUUUGAAAAUUUGAUUGAUGAGCAAUAUAUAAUUAAUUGAUUGAUUGACUGAGUGAUUAUAUUCACAGAUACUUCUUGCUAGUUGUGGCGGUCUGUGCGCAUUCAAAGAACAAAGAAUAUUUAGUCUGUGCCAAUGUUUCAGAGAGGAUUAUUGUUAGGGUGAGGAGUUUGUUGUUGUUCAUCAUGCCUUGAGACAGGUUGAUCGAAGCUGCAAAUAACAAUUCAAUCAUCAAACUAUGUCCAAGUAAAAUUUGCCCAUGUCAGGCAAAAAAUCAUCCCCCUGCCCUCAGUUGCACUCACCGUAUUUUUGUACGGAAAGGCUCCGCCCCUAGGUCCAACCCCUUGCCCUUUUACACACCAUAUUUGUCAGAAUAGGUACCCCUUUCUUAUACGUUUUAUUAGCAAAUGGUACUCUAACCCUUUUACAUACCUUCUUUAGAACACUACAUCUCUUGACUGCUGUAAAUGCACCUUUUUUUUUUCAUUCCGGUCAUUCUCCGUUGCAUCUCAUGUUAUCCCAUAGUUUUUUUGCGAACCAGAAAGAAAAUUCUGCAUAGUGUACUUUGAUUCUGAUACUUGGAUAAAUAAUUUUUAGGCUUCCAAUCCAGGCCAGUUUGAAAAUGAUAUGGAGGUUAUUUGGUCCAGAGGUCAAACUACAGACUCCGUUUUUCGAAUGGUAAGGAGAGUGUUAAACUUAGAAUGUGCAUAUUAUUUAACUUAGUUUUUAGAUAGCGUAUCUGUUUGUCGAAGUUAUUAUCACCAAAAAGGCCCACAUGGAGAGUGGUUAAUCAGCGUGUGUGUUCAGCCUCAAGUCCAAAAACUCGAAAGGGAAAACUGCUUGACUUGAAACCUUUUUGCAAUGGCAGACGUAAGUCGAAAAGGUAACAUAAGCUUACACUCUCUACUAAUGGGCUUUGCUACCCUUGUUAAACACGAGGACAAUUUGCAGAAAGAAAUGAACCAUAACCAGGGAAAACGUUUUUACGUGAUGAUUAAUUUAUCGAUCUGGGCCUUCUGAGGCCACCGUCAGUUUCUCUUUGCGGUUCUAUGACACUUACUAGACACGUUAUACUCUGUAAGAAAUGAUAAAAAGCUACGGACUGGAUUGUUUUUCAUUGAAAAGUUGCAAAAUUGUCCAACUUUAUCGCAACGUGUUCAUCGUUCAUCAUAAUAAAAGCAAAGUUUUAAAUGAAACAAGACCGUUGCAGCAGAAUUUCUAUUUAACAUUUAUACAAGUAAACCGUGUUGACGUACUGUUAGUAGAAAACACUUCAAAGAUUCCGGAAACAUAACAACAAGCACUUCUGGCCUCCGUAGCGGGCUGGACUUACCACGUGCGUUUGCUUUAUUCAACGCGUACUCUCUGUGGCCUUUGUUUGGGCUGUAAAGCUGCGAGAAGAAUAGGAAUAAGUCAGUGCCGAAACUCUCCUUUCUCUACUGGCGGUUCUGCCCCAAAAAAGCAUGCACACACUUUGAACCCUGCAGCUGCGCAGGAUAAAGCACUUCUAAACAUUCUGACCCCAUAUAAAUGUGAUAUUUUUAGGGUCGCGUUGGCAUCAAUACUGACAAACCAGAAGAAGCUCUGUCAGUUCAUGGCAACCUAAAGGUGACGGGGCGGCUUGUUCAUCCCUCUGACAGCAGAGUCAAGGAAUCCAUUGAAGAGGUAUGUGGGACAUGUACCAACCGUCUGGUAGGAAAUAGGCGCGAGUAGGAUAACUGUUUCAUUAGAAAUAUGAAUAACAAAAGGGAAAUAAAAACAUUGAUUAAUAUGUCUGUUUCAUUUUUGAAGAACCACAGCUCUACCAGGCAGAAGUUAAAUGGCAUCUUUAUCUUAAGGAUUGAAUUGUAAUUCGUAUACCAUGUCCCUAAACCAGUCAAAACUCUCUCUUUACAUUGCACAGAUCAAUCUAAUUUAUAUUACAAGUGAAAGCUGUCUUAGCGAACAGUCUCGUAAGCGGACAGCGCUACUUACGGCUACCUUCACAAAACCCCGUUUCUGUUUUCCCCGUGCCAGAAACGGAGUAUCUUAAGGACCUUAGUAUCAAAUACUAGAGGGAAUGUUUCAUCCGAUUUGCAGACACCGGUUGUAUAAUCUCAAAUAAUUAUUUGUUAAGAGUGUGGUUUCGACGAAGUUUAAAACUUUAUGGUAAUGCGCGACAUCCAAAAGCUCCGUCACGUUUUGUCUUCAUGAGCUCGAGAAAGACAUGUUAAAGCUGUUCCCCUUGAUUGUCGUUGGUUUUGAUUCAGGUGGACACAAGUGAACAACUUAAAAAUGUGUCAAAAAUGAAGCUCUACAGAUAUCGCUACAGCCGGGAAUACUUGGAGCACGCCGGCUUAGGAACAGGUGACUGUGACGGGGAGGACACGGGAGUUUUGGCACAGGAAGUCAAAGAGGUCUUACCGGAAGCUGUCAAAGAGUCGGUAAGUGGUUUUCAAUGUUCGAGCAAGAGGCCUCUUUACUCUAUGAGCCGAAGUUUCUUUCCAGCAUGGUUUUCAGUUAGCAUGGACGAAGUCGCUUAAAUCCCCGUAUUUGGCCUAUUUACGUAAGCUACGCGAAUGUCAGCGGUGCGAACGACUUUGUACAUGCUUAAAGCCAGGCCGGAAAGAAAUCCCUGCCAAAAGGGUUGUGACUAGAAUGGAUACCUUAAAAUCAGGUUGGACACCUUAUGUUGAUUACACAAUAUAUAUACCACGCAAUAUACAUAUACCACGCUAUACUCUGUUUAUGCGAAUGUAUUGGGCACAUUUUUUAGAAAAGUGGAGAAAUCAGGGUAAGAGACGGUUGUGCAAGGAAAAGAGAUUAACACAGGGCUUAGCACCGAAGCACAAUGAUUAGGGUUAAACACUGUUUUAAAAACGGUUGGCUUUCGAUAAUGUAAUGAUCAAUGCCAUGUAAAGUACGUUAAAAUCAACCGGUGUCGGCAGUUAGCCCUUUAUGGUGUAGUGGAUACGGAUGUGGAUUAUACGUCAAAUGAUGCCUAAGAAAACAGCCGACACUUCACGCCACCACUGAUUUCCCUGCAAAAUGACAUCUAAGGAGCAAGCCCAGAGAUUCCGUACUGAUGACGUGUAACUACCCAGUUCUGAUUGGUUAAAGCACAUUUCCCGCGCGUCAAGGCCAAUCGGAGUCACUACCCAGACCUGGCCUGGGUGGUGACACGUCAUCAGUAUGGAAUUUCUGCAGUCGUUCCUCAGACGUCAUUUCGCGAGGAAACCAGUGGUGACAUCGAGAAAUAUCGGCUGUUUCCUCUUUUUAUUGAAAGAGUAUUGGCUUUAAGUUGCUAGAUUUCUGAGCAAUGGCUUACGUUGUUUUUGUUUUGCUUUUUACCUUAGGAUGAUUUGGUUCUUCCUGAUGGUAAAACAAUCGAACGAUUUUUAGUUGUCAACAAGGUAACAAUAUAAUUUUAAUUCCCAAUAGAUAAAUUACUCUUCUACACCGUACAUCCAAACUACCGUAGUCUCGGUAUUAAAAGAGAUGUUUAGAACCAGUUAUUACCAGUCAGAACUUGAAGUGACGAAGAUGAAGACCAUGAAAGAAAGAGUCGGUGAAGUGUAUUGAAGGGCCCCCUAAGAAAAACAUUCCAUGCUGGCAGAGCGUGCAGUGAACUAGUCCCGGGGGACUCCCAUAUGAAACAGACGGGGAUGCUCGUCGUCUCGCUUAGGGGUGUAAAUUUUGGAUUUUGGUCUCGCUUAGGGUGUUCCGGGCAAAGCGCCAACAUUUUAAACCGCCAAGGUCUCGUUUAGGGUUCCGGGAAGAAACACAGAAUUACGCGAAGAGAAACGGAAGUUAAAUUUUCUUUUUUGUUUUGUUUACCGCAGUACUUCUGUGAUUAUAAAUCAAUGAUUUCUACAAAUAGUAGAGAACAUUAUAAUCCGAUUAAUCAGUGACAAUAAAGGAAGCGUUCUGUUUUAGGAGUCAAAAU